AUGUGGAUUCGUUUUGUAGUGAUAUUGUUGAUUCUUCAAGUUUUUUCAGGCCAAGCUCAAAAGUCUUGUUAUAAUUGCCUCGGCUUUCAAGAUCCGAAUGCACCGCAUGGGGUGAGAUUUUUAAUUACUCUUGCCUUUGCCUUGCUUUUGCCUGUGCCCUGCCUUUGCCCUGCCUUUGCCCUGCCUUUGCCCUGCCUUUGCCCUGCCUUUGCCCUGCCUUUGCCCUGCCUUUGCCCUGCCUUUGCCCUGCCUUUGCCCUGCCUUCGCCCUGCCUUUGCCUUGCCUUGCCAUACUUUGCUUUGCCUUUGCCUUUGCCCUGCCUUUGCCCUACCUUUGUCCUGCCUUUGCCUUGCCUUGCCUUGCCUUGCCUUGCCUUGCCUUGCCUUGCCUUGCCUUGCCUUGCCUUGCCUUGCCUUGCCUUGCUUUGCCUUUGCCUUUGCUUUUGCCCUGCCUUUGCCCUGCCUUUUCCCUGUUUUUGCCCUGCCUUUGCCCUGCUCUUCACUAAUGUUAUAAAAGGUUGUGUUAUAUAAAUGGUAUACCAUAUAAUAUUUUACUUUUCAGGACGGAAAAAUAACAUUUGACACAAACUGCGCAGUGGUUGAUGCCGAUACUCGUGUUACCAAAACCUGCAAUGGAGACUGUGUUUCUAAGAUUGGCAUGUUUAGGUAUAUGGAGCAUGGUAAGUACAUGUUUCUUCUUUCUUUUUACAAUUAUUGCAACACAAUUUUUUUUUAAAUUUUUAUUUUUUUUUAGAUUUCAAAAUUUUUUUCCGAGGCUGCGAAAAAAUUCUGGUAUGUUACUCAUUUUACUCUUUUUAUAGGAUAAGUUAGGGUAGGCUUGGGCAAUGCUAAGACUAGAACUACUAGAUAAGGUUAGGGCUUAGGCUAAGACUAUAAGCUGGCUAAAAAACAGGACUUGGGCUAGAGCUGCUUAUAAGAAUAGAGCUAUAGCUAUGGGCUGGGCUAGAACUAGGAAUUGAGCUAGAGUUAAAUCUAAAGCUACGACUAGCGCUCUUAGCUUGGGUUGUUGGCUAGAGCUCUAGGCUAGCGCUCUUAGCUUGGGUUGUUGGCUAGGACUCUGGGCUAGGGCUCUGGGCUAGGGCUCUGGGCUAGGGCUCUGGGCUAGGGCUCUGGGCUGGGGCACUGGGCUAAAGCUCUGGGCUAGGACUCUGAGUUAGGACUAGGUCUAGCUACUAUGUCACUUCAAAAUUUUUAAAAUUUUAGAAAGGAUGUAAGGACACAAUAAUAAAGUACCGUAAACUAAAAGCUUAUGGUUGCACAUGUGAUGGAUCCAUGUGUAAUUCUAUCAUUUUGGACUUUCCAAACACUACCACACCUACAGCGACACCUACUACAAAAUUGUCCACGACCACAGAAUUUACUACAACAUCGACUGAUCUCACAACUACAACACCUCUACCGACCACUACUUCUGAUGUUGUAGUAUCCACAACUUCAGGUCAAGAUUCAACUGUUACUGCCUUUGACAAUACUACAGUAGACUCAAACACGACCCUGCCAAUUCAAUCCACCACCGACUGGUCGAUUGCCACUACAACUGAUGGCGAUACAACAUCGUUUACUAAAGUAACGACUGAUCAAACUGGAACGUUUUCUACUGUUCCUGGAUGGACUUCUGAAUCCUCUACAAUAAAUCCUGUUUCGACAGCUCCAGCUUUGUUCCCAACCGACUGGUCGAUCUUACUGACGACUUUGAUCUGGAACUAUAUUUGGUUUUGGUUGUUGUAG